AUGGCAGGCAUGUACCAGUUUGCUCAUGAACCUGGUUUGCGUCCACACUUGAGAAACUGCCCUAAGACAUCCAUCCAUGUUGGAUCCCCGGCAAGCACUCGAAACAGGGCGCAGUACCACGACCUGUCACGUCUGGAAAGUAAUUUCCGGUACAGUCCACAGGGCGGAGUGGUAGAGACUCCACCCUCUCCACUGGAUCCUUAUGCCAUGGUCAAUGGAUAUCAUCACUAUCAUCAUGAACGCAAUAUUUGGAACGUGUACCAGGGGUGCUAUCCACAAACGGCAUGCGUGUACCAACAAAGACACCCUGCCCCGGUAGUUUUUGGUGGUUACAGACAACCUUCACACGUGCAAGGUCAAGUUCAAGGUUACUUACCUCAGAGUGAUCAAUUAUCCGGCACAAGGAUUGACGACAUUCGAAGGACCGCGAAAAAGUUUGUCGAGAAUUGCUGCCCUUUGCUGGGAGAGAAGCCAUACUGUUUACCGCCAAUAGAAAGGUAUCGGCAACAUGACAAGUCAAAUAAAAAGUUGAUCCAGGGAAUGGAAAGCGAAAAACGAGUGUUUGGAACAUUUGAGCGAUUUUUUGUUGAGCAAAGCAUACCUGUGUUCAUGCUGUGUCAUUAUCCGCUUUCAGGAUUUCUGCAGGUGUUCAAGACCGAACAUUUGGACAAAGCUUUAAUGACACUUAACGGACAACACGGCAAGAACACUGUGAUGCUGCUACUGUCCAGCACAUUUGGUGUGACAGUGCUGUCAGUGAGCAUCAUCAGCAGCAACUCACAGUUUGACCAUCUCCGACAUCGUGUGCUGAAAUCUGUCACUCAGAUGAAAGAAAUCAGUGCUACAGUUUCCAAGUGGUUGACCCUGCUGGGGGUCAGGUCAGAGGUCAGACAAGUCAUAGCCUUCCCCAACCUGAAGAGGUCUGUGUUGGAGAGAAUUUGCAAGGACAAGCAACUCCAGCACAACGUUGGUUCAUUUUGCACGCUUCACGCUGAUGAACUGUCAGCACCGUUUGAGGAGGAGUUGUCAGACCCUGCUCGCAAGCAACAGUUCCACAAGUGGAUGCUGCAGAAUAUCCUCUCUCAUGAUAGCACUUUGUCACAAGAGGAUUUACAUCUCGUCGUUGGAGCUCUCUUAUCACCAAAAUUGUCAGACUGUCCACGAGUCACUGUCUGGGUUCCAGAGCCUUAUUAUUAUGAUGUUGGUCAGAUGAAGCUAACAGUAGAUGGUGUAACUAAGUCCUUUGAUGAGUUCAUGGAUCAAUACGUCACAGCCUACUACCCAAACGUAGGAGAACGGACAUAUCGAGUGCCUCCAAUACAUUUCAAUAUUCAGUCCUUGAAGAAGCCAAAUGAAUACAUCAGUGCUUUCAAAGGAGAUUCAGUGCUUAAAAGCAUCAAUGGAGGACCAGUGAACAAGGAAAGCAACAAUUUCGAAAGCCAUUUAUCAGCACAUCAGUCUGAAAUAGCAUGCAUUGGAAAUGAUACAAACAGUAAUUUCCAGGGGGAUACAAUUCAGUUUAAGUCUAUUCCUCACUCUUCAAUUUCUUUUGGUAAAAACAGUCAUUCCGAGGGUCAAGGUGACUUACCUAGAUCUGCUGUUGUUCAAAGUCACUACAGUUUCUCGAAUAAUCUUCAAAAAUCAGGUGAUUAUACAGAAGGUGAAAGAUCACUCGAAGGCUCCGUUGGCCAGGAUUCACUGUCUGUAAGAAGCAGCCCCGAUAAAUUUAUCUCAUCUUCGGGUAUCUACUUCAAAGACAGCCCAAAUUCAAGCAGUUCUUUAUUACAUGCUGCUGUUCCAGCCAGUGAUACAUCACAUCAGACUGUUGCUUUAGCUUCUUCUAUGAGACGGGAGCUUCCAGAUUCAUGUUUCUUUGUUGCUCGAACACCGCCAAGUGCCCUUCUUCAGGCCGUACAAGACGUGGAUAUACUAUCGAAAGUCAUGGAUAAGGAUAUCAGAAAAGAUGAAGGAGAGAAUCGUGUCAUCAGUGCACUGGAGAUGCUGGGCCGUCGAUCGAACCUUGGAGGACAAGAGGAGGACCCGAUGUUCAUUAUUUGUGGGUAUCAGUACAACAACUACCUCAACAAGCUCCGGGAAGAGAUGUUCUCCAAGGAAGAUAUCAGCAGGCCCGUCAGGGCGUUUGGUCAGACCAUGAGAGCAGAGCACGACUGCCUUAUCUUUCACAAGACCUAUGGAGCGAUUAUUGUUUGUAUUAAGGCCAUCGGGGACAACUUUGAGGUGUGGCAUGCGACAGAGGAUCAAAAAAUUGCCUGCACGAAGAAAAUUUUAGAGAAGGCAUUGAAACAGCUAAAACGAGAGGAGGCCAUGAUCAGGCAUGUGACCUCUGACCUCCCCGUUAAGUUCAAAUGUCACAAGUUGAUAGCUCUGCCGAAUAUGUCAAGAGAGAGUGUGAAAGCUGCACUUUGGACUGACUUACAACUCAGGAAGAUACUGCGGUCUCUUCUCAACUGUUGA